AUGUCUUCCAACCAGGUUCGAUGGGGCCCGCGGAAGCUUCUCCUGCUCGCCGCGACGACCCUGAUCAGCACCGCCGCCGCUGACGAGAUCCUCUCCACCGUCGGCUUCACCACGUGCGGCCCCAGCAAUGCCGACGUCAGGGUCAACAAGGCCGACAUCACCUACAACAAUGCCGACAAGACGGUCGUGUUUGACGUCUCGGGCACCAGCACCAAGGUCCAGAACGUCACAGCCGAACUCAAGGUGACGGCGUACGGCAAUGAAAUCUACUCCAACAAGUUCAACCCCUGCGACAGCAGCACCUUUGUCGAGCAGCUCUGCCCCGUCCCCGAGGGCACAUUUGGCGCCCGAGGCACCCAGAAGAUCCCCGACGAAUUCGCCAAGAUGGUGCCCGCCAUUGCGUUCCAGGUUCCCGACAUUGCGGCCCUCGCCACCCUCGAGCUCAAGUCGGUCGACGGUGGUUCCGAGGUCGCCUGCAUCCAGUCGCAAGUCUCCAACGGCAAGACGGCCAGCGUCGCCGCCGUGUCCUAUGUCGCCGUCGGCAUCGCCGGUGUCGCCCUCAUCGCUACCGGUGUCUCUGCCCUCAGCUCCGCCGUCGCUGGCGGCAGUGCCGCAGCCGGCGGCGCUGGUGGCGCUGGUACCCCCAGCCCCAGCUUCACCGAGACGCUCGGCUGGUUCCAGGGCAUGGCCAUGAACGGCAUGCUGUCGGUCAACUACCCGCCCGUCUACCGCAGCUUCUCUGAGAACUUUGCCUUCUCCACCGGCAUCGUUCAAUGGAACGACCUCCAGAUCGGCAUUGACAACUUCCGCGGCAUGACCGGUGGUGACCUCACCAAGGACAGUUUCGAGCUGCUGCGCAACGCCACGCUCACCUUCCCCGACGGAUCGACUUCGCAGAACAACGGCGGCGGUUUGUUCAAGGCCAAGCGCGCCAUGGAGCAGUUUUCCGUGCUGCUGGCCCGCCAGAUCGACACGACGGUUGGCGGGACCGGCGACAGCGCCGGCUCGGACGACUCGGAGGAGAGCGGCAUCAACAAGACGGUCGACGGUAUCACGGCCUACGUCAACAAGCUCAGCGUCCCUGCUGCCAACACGUUCCUGAUGGUCCUGCUCAUCAUCGCCAUUGUCAUCGCCGCCAUUGUCGUCAGUAUUCUUCUCGUCAAGGUCAUCCUCGAGUUCUGGGCCCUCUUCGGCAGCUUCCCCAAGGCCCUGUCCGGGUUCCGCGAGCACUACUGGGGUUCGAUUGCGCGCACCAUCACGUCUCUGAUCCUGCUGCUCUACGGCAUCUGGGUCCUCUACUGUAUCUUCCAGUUCACCCACGGCGACUCGUGGGCGGCCAAUACGCUGGCCGGCGUGACGCUGGCCGUCUUCACGGGCAUCCUCGCCUUUUUCGCCUGGAAGAUCUGGAACACGGCGCGCAAGCUCAAGCAGGCCGAGGGCGACAGCUCGGGCCUGUACGAGAAGAAGGAGGUCUGGGUCAAGUACUCGCUCUUUUACGAGUCGUACAAGAAGGACUACUGGUGGCUGUUCAUCCCCAUCAUCAUUUACAUGUUCGCCAAGGGCACCAUCAUCGCGGCGGGCGACGGCCACGGCCUGUUCCAGGCGUCGGGCCAGCUCAUCGUCGAGGCGCUGCUGCUGAUUCUGCUGCUGUGGAAGCGGCCCUACGAGCGCAAGUCGGGCAACGUCAUCAGCAUCACCAUCCAGGUCGUCCGCGUCAUCUCGGUCGUGUGCAUCCUCGUCUUCGUCGAGCAGUUUGGCAUCGCGCAGACGACGCAGACGGUGACGGGUGUCGUGCUCAUUGCCGUGCAGUCGGCACUGACGGGUCUCCUGGCCAUCCUCAUCAUGUGGAACGCUUUCAACGCCUGCUGCAAAGUGAACCCGCACCGCCAGCGUCGCAAGGAGAUGGAGAAAAUGCAGCGGGACAUGGACAACCUCACACCACUCGACGCGCGCAACUCGCUGCUUCUCGACCGCAAGGACCCCGAGGCGGGCCCGAACGGCGAGACGACGUACGCCAUGGCGUCCGCCGUCGAGAAGAACCAGGCCAGCGUGGCGUCGCACGCGCGCGACCCGUCCCGCGACAUGUACGACCGCGCGGCGGCGGCGCAGUACAACACGUAUCACAAGAACCACCCGAGCCAGGCCAGCAACAGCCUCAACUUUCUCGGCGGCAGCGUGCACCCGGCGUACCGCCCACUGACGCCGAGCACGCCAAUGCACGAGCGCAGCAUCAGCAGGGAGGGGCUCAUGUCAUCGGCGGCACCGGUGGGCCAGGCCGUGACGAGGCAACCGACGGUGCCGGACAUGGGCGGCAACGGAGGCGACAGGUCGUACCGCAACCAGGGCUACGGUCAGGGAGGGUACGGUCAAGGGGCCGGCUACCGGGGGUUUUGA